AUGAGCGGCAGCACAUCUACAGUCAGAAACACCACAAAUGUUGGAAACCUAGAGACAUUCUUCAAUAUAUACGCUCGGAACCAAACCAGUGUCAAUCCAUUAUUAGAACUACGCCGAAUCCAUCCAUAUCAUCCCGGCGGGAGUACUCAACACUUAUUCACUACGGACACGGCUUCCAUGCCAAACGUCAUGAUAUCAAACUCACAUGUCACCUGA